UCUUAUCAGACGAGGUUCGCAGAUGGUUAACAUUAUCAGACGAGGUUCACAGAUAAUUAUCGGUGAGGUUCCCGUUUGUAAAAUGAUUGGCAGAGGCUGGCCGGCGAGACGGAUUUUCCGCAUUUUAUUAAGAAACUACUCGAAAUCCUGGAGAAAGCCCGAUGGAUUCGAGACUGGAUUGAAGGUGCACAAUUCGUUGACUAGGUGCAAAGUUGACCUGGUGACCAAACGCGAUCGAAUCCUCUCGUGGUACAGCUGCGGUCCUACCGUUUACGACUCGGCUCACAUAGGACACGCAUGCUGUUACAUGCAGUACGAUUUGAUGAGAAGGAUACUCGAAGAUUAUUUCGGUAUUAAUGUCAUCUUUGUCAUGGGAGUGACUGACAUAGACGACAAAAUAAUCGCCAAGGCGAACCGACUUGGUGUCGAGUUCAGAGAUGUAUCGAAAAAGUAUGAACAGGAGUUUUUUAACGAUUUGGCCAGUCUCAAUAUAAAAAUGCCAACAUUUAAAGCGAGAGUCACUGAUUACAUUGAGGAUAUUGUUAAAUUCAUAAGUGUCAUUGUUGACAGCGGUUUAGGGUAUGUUAUGCCAGAUGGGACAGUGAACUUCAAUACAGGAAAGUUCCCGGCAUACGGGAAACUAGUAAGCACUUGUGAAGAGGAGGAAAGUGGAGGGAAAUUGUCAAACAGAGAUUUCGCUAUGUGGAAAGGUGCAAAGCCAGACGAGCCGAGUUGGCCAAGUCCGUGGGGCCCUGGCAGGCCCGGCUGGCACAUAGAAUGUUCCACCAUAGCCAGUAAGCUUCUUGGGACUACGAUAGAUUUUCAUACGGGUGGGAUUGACCUGAAAUUCCCUCAUCAUGAAAACGAAGAAGCCCAAUGUUGCGCCCAUCACAAAAUAGACCAAUGGGUUAAUUAUUGGUUACAUACAGGCCAUUUACAUCAAAGCGAUGAUGCAAAAAUGUCCAAAUCACUCAAUAAUACCAUAUCAAUUCAAGACUUCCUCUCCGAGUAUUCAGCAAACCAUUUAAGAAUGUUGUGUAUGAUGGUGCCGUAUAGAAACCCCAUUGAGUACUCUAAAGAGGUAAUUGAAAAUGCAGUUGCAGUGGAAAAAAAGUUUACGAACUUUCUCUCAGACUGCAAUUCUUAUUUUAAAAGGAAUGAAUUGGUCUCAAUUAACGAAUCUAGCUUGCUUAAAGAAUUAGAAAAUACAAGAAAUUCUGUCUUGAAAUGCUUAAGUAAUGACUUUGACACUUCUUCCGCACUUUUACAUGUGACUAAACUUCUAUCUGAAACAAAUUCACAGCUACAAAAUAGAACAACAGUUUCAGAAAGUCCCUCAUACUCUAUACUCGCUAUUUCAAAUUACGUAAGCAGUUUCUUGAAUAAAUUUGGCUUUUCUUAUAAUCAGGAAAGUGUGCUGAGCUAUAGAUUGGACAGUGUGAUUGAAUCUGUCGUUAAUUUUAGAACGACAGUGAGACAGGUUGCCUUGAGCAUUAAUAAACAAAAUUCAAAGGAAAUACUUGAAAAUAAAAAUAGUUUAUUAAAUGCUUGUGAUUCUCUAAGAAACGAACUCAAUGAUUCUGGUUUUGAAUUGAAGGAUUAUGGAAAGUUAACAACAUGGAAUAAAAGUACGUGAUGUGCCAUCAUAUUAUGUAUAAACUUUUGUAUUUUAUAUUAAAUCCUACAUUAAAUUUAAACUAAACUACU